AUGCCUAAGAAAGGUGGCAAGAAGAAGAACAAGGGCGGCAAGGGCCCCGCGGCCGCCGCUGUAGACAAGGUCGCCGAUACUGCAAAGCACAUCGUCCACCCCGGUCAUGAGGUCGAGGACAAGGUCAUGUACGGUGAAGGCAAGGGCGAUGGCGUCUCCGAAACCCCCGCUGCCGCGACGCAGACUGCUGAAGGCGCUGCUCCCGAGCUCAGCACCACAACGCCUGCCACGGCUGGCCCCGCUGUGACCGAGACCAAGCAGGCUGAAAAGGAGGCUGAAAAGGCCACUCCGAAGGAAAAGGGCACCCUGCAAGAAACCGUGGAUAAAGCGCAGGCCUCCAAGGCUGGUCAGAUCGGCAAGGUGGACGGAGGUGAUGCCGAGGGAACUGCUGUUCUCCCUGAGACAAUCUCCAAGGAACCCUCAAUCCCCGCCGAGACCUACCCUUCAACCUCUGAGAUGGCCGCCGAGGAGCCCGCCACCUCGACAGCAGGCCCGGCUGGAGCUGCCGUGGGCACAACUGCCUCGAAGACCCCAGGGUCGACAGCAGUGGCCGAGAACCCGGUUGAGGCGGAUGCACACGCGAAGCGUCCGUACGAGAAGCCCAUCUUCUCAUCGGACGAGACCAAGCCGUCCAAGAUGGCCAAGCACGAGGAGGAACAGGCUCGCGCCAGCGCCGCUCUAGACAAGAAGACCCUGGCUGGUGCUGGUCCUGCUUCGACGGCCGCGUACACAACCCCGGAGCCGGUUCCGGUCAAGAAGGCCGAGGAACCAGUCAAGAAGGCCGAAGAACCCGUCAAGAAGGCCGAGGAACCGGUCAAGAAGACCGAGGAAAAGAAGGAGGUCAAGAAGGCUGAGGAAAAGAAGGACGGCAAGACAAAGGCUGAUGGCAAGGCCUCGCCGCAAGCCGUCGCUGCUGCCGCUGCGGCUGUCUCUUCCUCCAAAGGGUCGGAAAAGACCGGUGCCGCUGCUCCCGAAGCGGAGCUGAAGCAGCCUGAGCCGGCGCUGAAGAAGGGUGAUGAGCCCAAGGCCCAUGCGCCCAUGACGGAUGCCGUCAAGGAGGAUUCCGCCAAGGCGAAGGACGCGAAGGAGGCGAACGACGCAAAAGAGGAGCCCAAGAAGACCGAGGCCGCCGCCGCUGCUGAAGCUGCUGAGAAGAAGAAGGGCGGAUUCUUUUCCCGCCUGAAGCGGAUGUUCAAAUAG